GGAAAGCCAUUCAGAACCAGUGAGCUAAGUAGCCAAUGUUGUACACAAUCAGCCGGCAGUUUAUAUAUUGCUUGUGACCACAUCAAAGAAAAAAUGGAACAAAAGUCCGAAGCCAGAAUCGAACCCGCGACCUCUGCUACAUGCUUAAACACUUCGUCCGCUGCACUGCUACGCAUUAUUGAUUCUUGGACGCGUUUUCUUGUACAUAUACUCUCCGGUUCCGUAAAUUCCAGCAAUUAAUGAUUAAUCACCUUAUCAUUAUAUUGCCUUAAUCCAUCUCCCUCCACAGAUAAUCUCGAGCCAACUUCUCUCUAAACCUCCCAGAAUCAUUUCCUCCUCCUUCUCUCUUCAUUCUUCACCUUCAAAUUAUCAACUCAUCUUCAACCACAACUAAUCACUUCUUUAUCCAAGAUUAAGUCAAGAUUAGCACCAAAGCUUCAAGGAUUGUCAUCUAUCACAAGUUUGAUUUUCCUUAUCUCUUUAAAUCUUGUACUUUAAUUAUGAAUUCAUCUAUUUCUAAGCUUCCAAACAUGUAUAGCUAAAUAAACUUGGGGCUAGAAAUUGGUUAAUUAAUUGUUCUUAUCAUGUUUUAAUUUGUAUUGAUUUUAAUUGUUAAGUUUGUUCUAUUUAGAUUGUUGUGUCCAGAAAAUUAAUUAAGUUAUGUUUGUGAUAUAUAUUAUGAGUACUCAAUCAUAAACAUAUUGUUUGUUAAAUACACAAAUGAACACUUUCUGAACACACCGUUAAACUUCUUUUACCUUGUCCCGGAUUGAAGUUUUACGGGGGAAUUUAAUUAUUUAAUUAUAUUAUUCACACCACGGGGUUGGGUAAAUAAUAUAGUUAAUAAUUAAGGUUGUCGUUGCACUUAAACAACUAGUCUCGUUUUGGCCAUCACUGGGAAAUGUUGACUAGUUACUUAUUUUAGAUGACUUGUGUUGAGUCCUAAAAUAUUUAUCUACAACUUCUCACAAUCUAUCUAAGAAUAAAAUUAGCAAUUAUGUCUCUCAAUUAAACAUUGAACAAUUAGUUACCAAUUUCUACCCCUACUUGCUAUUGGUUGAACUUUGUGUUGAUAAAAAUCUCUCAUCUCAAUCACUUUUAUUUUAUUACUUUUCCAAGCAACAAAAAAAAAUCAAAAGAAAUGCACUUCCAACUUUAAUCCUUAGUUUGUGCUUAAUUAUUUUAUUUCCCGCUUCUCUGUGGUUCGACACCCUACUUCCUUGGGUAAAAAAUAGUUGUGUGCCCAUUAUAUGCUACACACCAACUUGGCGCCGUUGCCGGGGAAGCGGUUUUGAAAAAAAAAAGUGAAAGCAUGAACUUUUGGUUUUAGUUAUUGUAAAUUGUGUGUAUAUUAUUUUCUUGUUAUCUUGUUUACUUUUGCAGGUUAAAAAAAAAUCAUAAAAAAGUGAUUAAUUAAAGUUCAAAAAAAAAAAAAAUAUUGAACUUAAUUAAUUACCUUAUCUGAGCAUUGGAGUUGGACACUUUGACUGAACAUAUAUCUGGACAUUUGGACCAUUGGACAUAUUGUCACAUUUUAAUUCAAAGGAUACUCCGCCUUUAUGGUCGGACCGCUAAUUUGUACAUAUUAAUUGAACGGAUAAUCCGCCUAUAUGGUCGGACCGUUUACUUGAACAUAGUAAUUUAAAGGAUACUCCGCCUAUAUGGUCGGACCGUUUAUUUUUCUUUUUAUGGUGGUUAAAACCCCAACUUUUUAAUUUUUGCACUUUAAUUAUCGCAAUUUAAUUUAUGCACUUUAAAUAUCGCAAUUUAGUUUCCGCACUUUAAUUUCAGCAUUUUUUUUAUUUUUGCAUCCCCAAGCUUGUCGGCCGUGUCCGCUUGUUGGUGGCGUGCACUUUUUAAUUUAUUUCUUAAUAAUCCCCAGACUGUCGGCACAGCUGCAUCUUGGUGGAGACUGUAUUUAUUACUGUAGUUAUUUUUUUUCUCUUCUUCUCAAAUCACCAUAUCUGUCGGCCCUGCCGCAUCCUGGUGAAUUACUGUAUAUAUUAAUACUGCUUUAAGGGCUCACUAGUCUUAUUCGGUUUAUACCAAUUGACUAAGUGCGAACCUUAAUUAAUUAAUUAAUUCCGCAAUUUUUCUUUUCUUUUCAUCUCUCUCUUUCUCUCUUUUCCCAAUCCCGAUUCCCUUCUGCUUAUGUUUACACGUUCACGUGGUGAAAAUUGUGAAUUGUUAUUCUUCUCUGACAUUGAAAAGCACAUACGUGAACAGAAAAAAAAUAAAAAAAAAAUGUCAAACGAUGUUGUUGUAAAUGAGCAGGAACCAGAUCAACAAAUCGUGGAUCAGGUUACAAGGACCAGGAAACCGUUGUAUGAUUAUGUUACGCCUCCCGUGGAUGAGCAUGACAGUGUUAUUCCACCGGAGGUUAACAUGAACCAAUUUGAAAUCAAGCCUGCUAUCAUCCACAUGGUUUCAAAUGAUCGAUUUGGCGGAGCGCCAACGGAGGAUCCAAAUAAUCACAUCACAAAGUUCCUUCGAGCUUGCAACACCUUCAAAAUCAAUGGUGUGCCAUCUGAUGCUGUCAGACUACGCCUAUUCCCAUUCUCUCUACGGGAUCGAGCUCAGAGUUGGCUUGACUCUUUUCCGGACAAUCACUUCUCCACUUGGGAUCAACUUCAUGGUGAAUUUCUCAAAAGAUUUUUCCCGCCAUCUAAAACGGCGAAAAUCCGGAGAAUGAUUCAAAAUUUCAAACAAAAUCCCAAUGAGCCCCUCUAUGAGGCUUGGGAAAGAUUCAAAGAUCUUCAGCGACAAUGUCCACAUCACAACAUCCAAAACUGGCACUUGAUGACGGCUUUCUAUGAAGGCCUAAGUGAAAAUUCUCGGAUACUUGUGGACGCGUCUGCAAAUGGAUCAUUCAUGUGCCUAGAACUUGAAGAGGCAGAAGAAUUGAUGGAACGCAUUUCAUCAAAUGGAUCAACAUGGUAUUCUGAGCGAUCAUCUGCUCCACCAAAAAUUGGAGGCAUGUACGAAGUUGAUCAAAUGUCUGCCAUAACCACAAAGGUCGAUAACAUGAUGACUCUGAUCCAAAAGAUGGCACAAGUCUCUCUUGUGCAAAACUCUGCACCAACUCCACCUCCUCUUCCCGUUCUUAUGUGUGAAUCUUGCGGUGGACAACACAAUCAGUCCACUUGUUCAUGGGAAUCAAUGGAACAGGUUGACUAUGUCAACUACAACCGGCAGCCCCAACAAAAUCAGUUUGGUAAUUUCAAUCCUCAAGGAAGAAACCAUCCCGGUUUUUCCUGGAGCAAUCAAAAUGGAGCUGCUAAUCCACAACCAUCUUACCGAAGUGCACCACCCGGUUUCCAAAAUCAACAACAGCAAUUCAGAGGUGGCCAAGGUAUUGUGAACCAGCCACAAUACAAACCCACUCAAAAUCUUCCAUACCCUUCAAAUCAACAACAAAAACCACUUCUACCCACUCCUGAAACAGCCCAAACUCCUGUCCUAGAAAACAUUGUUGACCAACUUCUCAAGUCCCAAUUAUCUCAAGCCGAAACCCUGAAACAAAUCACCGAAGAACUUGGUCAACUCCGGGCUCACAACAGGAUGCUUGAGAAUCAAAUUGCUAAUCAAGCAUCCACAUCAUCUACUAAGGUGACGGGUAAGCUCCCUGCUUGUCCUGAAAAUCCGAGGGAGCAAAUGAAUGUCGUCACUACUCGGAGUGGGAAACAACAUCAAUCCUUGCCCCUUUCUAAUGAUGAACAAGAACAUGAAGUGUUGGAGGAAGGGAUCGUGCAACAACAGAAAGGUGGAAACAACAACAAUGAACAUGAUGUCGGUACCAUGCUGAAAUCAACUGAUGACCAUGAAGGAUCAAAGAAACAAAGAGAAAGUCCGGUAAGGAAAUACAUUCCCCCAGUUCCUUAUCCGAACAGAUUGAAGAAAGCCAAUAUGGAGGAGCGGAGAACAAAAUUUUUGAAUGUUAUCAAGCAAUUGGAUAUCUCAAUUCCUUUGCUUGAUGCCAUUACAGAAAUUCCUUCAUAUGCUAAAUUUCUCAAAGACAUUCUCACAAAGAAGAAGGAGAAUCCAGCCACUGUUGCAAUGAGUCAAGAAUGCAGUGCCAUCAUCCAAAAUAAGAUCACACCCAAAUUAUGUGAUCCUGGAAGCUUCUCAAUUCCAUGUACCAUUGGUGGAUCUAAAGUUAACAAAGCUCUUUGUGAUCUUGGUGCAAGUGUUAGCUUAAUUCCUUAUUCAUUAUGUCAAAAGCUACACUUGGGGGAUCCCAAACCAACAACGAUGGCAUUACAAUUGGCUGAUCGAUCUGUCAAAUAUCCUAUCGGCAUUCUUGAAGAUGUUCCUGUCAAAAUUGACAAGUAUUAUAUCCCAGGAGACUUUGUUGUCUUGGAUAUGGAAGAAGAUGCCCGAGUUCCUGUUAUUCUAGGGAGACCUUUUCUAGCUACAGCAGGAGCUAUUAUCAAUGUCAAAAAGGGUACCCUUAUCCUUGAGAUUGGGGAUGAUAAGAUUGAAUUCAAUGUACGAGAGCUGAGUAAGGAUACACCUUGUGUCCUUGAUGGUUACUAUGCUGAUGUUAUAGACUCUUGUACUACAAAUACAUUUGAUGAGUCUUAUUGGCUUUCUAAAGAUCCAAUGGAGUACACCAUACGAGAAUCUAUUGCAGAUGAGCAAGCCAAUGAAAUGGUAAAUUUAUGCCUCGAAAUGUUGCAAAGCAUAUCUUUACCGAUGCCUAAAGCACUUAAAUUUGAAGUGCUUAAUCUUGAAGAUCAAUCCUUGAAUGUCAAAGGAAAAGCACCUGAAGUAGAACUCAAACCACUUCCAUCUACUUUGAAAUAUGCUUUUCUUGGUCCGGAUUCCACUUAUCCUGUCAUUGUGAAUGCUGAUUUGGAUCUUCAACAAGUGGAAAGAUUAUUGCAAGUCUUACGAAGCCAUCGAAGAGUUAUUGGCUACACCAUCGAUGAUAUUGUUGGCAUAAAGGCAUCUUACUGCAUGCACCGCAUUUACUUGGAGGAUGAUCACAAGCCGAGCAUUGAGCACCAAAGGCGUCUCAACCCGAACAUGAAAGAUGUUGUUAAAAAAGAAAUUCUGAAAUUGUUGAGUUCAGGUAUCAUUUUUCCCAUUUCGGACAGCAAAUGGGUAAGUCCUAUCCACGUGGUGCCAAAGAAAGGAGGAAUUACUGUUGUGAAGAAUGACAAAAAUGAACUGAUUCCUACCCGAAUAGUCACUGGUUGGCGCAUGUGCAUUGACUACCGCAAACUCAACAAGGCAACUCGAAAAGAUCAUUUUCCACUUCCUUUUAUUGAUCAAUUGCUGGAGAGGAUGGCUAAGCACAAGUAUUUCUGUUUUCUUGACGGAUUCUCUGGAUUCUUCCAAAUCCCAAUUCAUCCGGAUGAUCAAGAAAUGACAACAUUUACAUGUCCUUAUGGUACUUUUGCAUAUCGCAGAAUGCCAUUUGGAUUAUGUAAUGCACCUGGAACCUUUCAACGAUGUAUGCUAGCUAUUUUCUCGGAUCUUGUCGAGGAAAUUAUGGAAGUUUUUAUGGAUGACUUCUCGGUUUACGGGAUUUCAUUUGAUGAUUGUCUUGAAAAUCUUGAAAAAGUGCUGAGCAAAUGUGAAGAAGCAAACCUUAUCCUCAACUGGGAAAAAUGUCAUUUUAUGGCAACCGAAGGCAUUGUGCUUGGGCACAAAAUUUCUGAAAAAGGCAUCGAAGUAGACCCAGCAAAAAUAGAAGUCAUUGAAAAAUUGCCUCCUCCUUCCUCCAUCAAGGGGAUUCGCAGUUUUCUUGGCCAUGCAGGAUUCUAUCGCCGGUUUAUUAAAGAUUUUUCAAAAAUAUCAAAGCCCUUAACCAAUCUUCUCUCCAAAGAUGUGGAGUUUAAUUUUGAUGAAUCUUGCUGCACCGCAUUUUCAAAGCUCAAGUUGGCCUUAACUACUGCACCAAUCAUAAGGCCACCUGAUUGGAACCUUCCUUUUGAACUCAUGUGUGAUGCGAGCGAUUAUGCCGUGGGAGCUAUUCUGGGUCAACGCAAAGGAAAAGAAAUCUAUGCCAUUUAUUAUGCAAGCCAUACUCUUGAUGAUGCCCAAUCAAAUUAUGCCACAACUGAAAAAGAGUUUCUUGCCAUAAUAUUUGCCAUUGAAAAAUUCCGAUCUUAUCUUAUCGGAAGCAAGAUAAUUGUCUAUACCGAUCAUGCGGCUAUCAAAUACCUCAUCAAUAAAAAGGAUGCAAAACCGAGGUUGCUGCGGUGGAUCUUGUUACUACAAGAGUUUGACAUGGAAAUCCGUGAUAGAAAAGGAUCUGAAAAUGUUGUUGCUGAUCAUUUAUCUCGUCUUGAGAUUCCUUGUGAUAUCAAAAUGCCAAUCAAUGAUUAUUUCAUCGGGGAACAACUCAUGUCUGCUCAAAUUUUUGAUCCAUGGUUUUCCGAUAUUGCAAAUUACCUUUCUCAUGGGGUAAUUCUACAUGGGGCUACACAUGCUGAAAAGAAGAAGUUAAAAUAUGACUCCCGUUACUACCAUUGGGCAGAACCUUUUCUCUAUAGAAGGUGUGCCGAUGGUGUCAUUCGACGGUGUUUGCCCGAAAAUGAAGUUUCAAACGUCUUGCAUCAUUGCCAUUCCUCAGCAUAUGGGGGACAUCAUGGAAGCUCUCGUACUGCUACAAAAAUUUUACAAUCGGGUUUCUUUUGGCCCACUCUUUUCAAAGAUGCAAGCAAAUUUGUGAAAAACUGUGAUCGUUGCCAGCGUACUGGCAAUAUCGGAAGAAAGAAUGAAAUGCCUCAGCAUGGCAUACUUGAAGUCGAAUUGUUCGACGUAUGGGGGCUCGAUUUUAUGGGGCCAUUUCCUAAAUCAAAUGGGAAAGAGUUCAUCCUUGUAGCUGUUGAUUAUGUUUCUAAAUGGGUAGAAGCAGCUGCCACAUCGACUAAUGAUGCCAAAGUGGUGAUCCAAUUUAUUCAGAAGAAUAUUUUCUCCCGAUUCGGAGUUCCAAGAUCUUUCAUCACCGACAAUGGUACUCAUUUUUGUAACAAGGCAUUGGAACGUGUCCUUUCCAAAUAUGGGAUUCACCACCGACUCUCAACUCCAUAUCACCCGCAAACAAAUGGCCAGGUAGAACUUUCAAACCGAGAAAUCAAAUCAAUUCUCGAGAAAGUUGUUAAUCCUUCCCGAAAGGAUUGGGCCGACAAGCUUGAUGAUGCACUAUGGGCAUACCGCACUGCCUAUAAAAAUCCCAUUGGAACCUCACCAUUCAAAUUGGUGUAUGGGAAAGCCUGUCAUCUUCCUGUUGAGGUUGAACACAAAGCAUAUUGGGCAAUCAAGACACUCAACAUGGAUCUUGCAUUGGCGGGUGAGAAACGACUGUUGCAGCUAAAUGAACUUGAAGAAUUCAGACUUGCAGCUUAUGAUAGCUCAAAAAUAUACAAGGAGAGAACAAAAGUUUUGCAUGACCGGGUGAUCAGCCGGAGAAAAUUUGAACGGGGAGAUAAAGUUCUUCUAUUUAACUCACGUUACAAAUUCUUCCCCGGAAAACUAAAAACCCGGUGGUUGGGUCCAUUUGAAGUACUUGAAGCAUUCCCAUCCGGAGCAGUUCAGUUGUUAAACAAAAGCGGACAGAAACUCAUGGUAAAUGGACAACGAUUGAAAUUAUAUCAUGAUGGUGAGAAACAAGAGGCAACUUCUGUGUAUUGCCUCAUUGAUCCAGAAUAUGAAUGAAAGACAUGGGUCAAGCUAAUGACCUUAAACGAGCGCUUCUUGGGAGGCAACCCAAGUUUGUAAAUUUCUCAAAAAAAAAAACAAAAAAAAAAGUCAAAAAAAAAAAAAAUUAGUCUAGGUUUUCUUUAUUUCUUUGGACUCUAAAGGGGCCACAUCCGCUCAAAGGGAUCUCCCAACGUCAUGCGGAUAAACAAUUCCAGAUUCGGCCGCGCUUCAGGGAAGUUUUCUUUACACUCCUUUAAUUUCUUUUUCACUGAGGACAGUGCAAAUUUUAAGUGUGGGGGAGUGGGUAGUUCGACCCUGAUUUCUUGUGUGAAUAUAUUUUUUUUUUCCUUGUGUGCUUGUAUGAUUUUGUUUUAUUUAUUUUGUGUGUUUUGUUUGUGAACAAAGCCCAGUCUUGUCCAAAAUGCAACAAUAGACUAGCAACACACUAGUUUACACUUUUUGUUACUAGUUACCUCCAUAACUUUUUAAAUUAUUCAUUCACCUCUUUUGAUGAAAUGUGGUUUGAGUUUGAGAAGUGUCACUGUAAUUUUUUGAGAGUAACUUAGUAUGAGCUUUGAACUUGAUUCUUUUUAACAAUUUAACAUUACACCUUAGAUUUUAUUUUUCCAAUUUAUUGGUUUAAUAGUUGAAUUAGUGAAAGUUUAUGCAGUUUAAGAUGUUUAUACAUUUAUUCUCCUUGAAAUUUAAUUUGAACUUGACACAUUAGAAAUAAUCUAGGCCAUCUUUGUUUACCCAUCAAGCCAAACACUAUCCCUUUAUAAAUAAAUAAAAGUUUCCCUAGUAACCCUGUUUGAGCCUUUUCAGUGUACAAGUGUAAAAUAACUUACUUCACUUGUUACUAAUUUUUCUUGUGACCUUGUAAAUACAUAACCUUGUGAAAUCCUACCCAAGUCAUUUUUGUUUCAACCCUAGAGUAGUUUGUAUUGUUACUUGAGAGUGGAUAAAAUGGAGCUUCUGUUAAGUGUCAUAUUAGUGAUGUACAUAUUUGUUUGUAAAUUUUGGGGUUAGUUUUUCAUUGUAAUAUUUAGUGUGUGCCUUCUUAAAAAAAAGUUCAAAAAAAAAAAAGAAAAAAAAAGAAAAAAAAAAGUAAAAAAAAAAAAACAAACAAAAAAAAAACAAAGAGGCACAUUAAUUUCUUGUUGUGAUUUCUUCUGUAAAACCCCAUUUUUACUUCCUUUUCAUGUUUAUAUUUCUCAUUGUUUUGUAUGCUCCAAGUUCUUGUAAAUUCAUGUGAUUAUCCGCUCAGUAUAAGUGCAAUCUAACUCUCUUUGUAAAUCCCUACACCAAACCUUUCUUUCCACUAGCCACAUCAUUAACCUCGCCAAAACCCGAAAAGUCCUAAUUGAUCUAUUUGUGUCAUUUUUUUGAAUUAAGUUAAUUGGAGAAACUUGUUCUGCAUAACCCGAACUAAUUCAGAUCUAUAGGUGUUUGUGUUAAAAGUUUGAUUUGAAAAUCUUAGUGAUAGGCAAUAAUACUCGGUUUACUCUCAUUGAGUUAUUUUGUAACAUUUCAGGGUAUUGGACCGUUUAGUGGACAUUAGAGGUGUAUGUGUGAUUUGUUUAGUUAUGUUUGUAAAUUUUACCAAAUUGUGUUUAUUUUUGUGUUUGUUGUUUAUUUUGCUUGAGGACAAGCAAAAGCCUAAGUGUGGGGGAUUUGAUGUGCUUGUAUUUUACACACUUUUUAGGCUUAGUUUGUUAAUAAUUUUGGUCACUUAAUUUGUAUAUUUGUACAUAUUUUUAUUAUUUAUCAUUACUUUGUACGAUGUGUAGUUCUAUGCAUGUAUUUUGUAUUUUCAGGUACUUUUGAUACUAUUUGAUACAUUUGUGUGUGAAGAAAAGAAGAAAAUAAAAGUUCAAGUUGGAGGUCAAUAAAAGUGGAAUUUCUUUCAAAGCAAAUAAGGAGUAAAUUGAAGUUAAGAAGCAAAAAUAUGAAAACACAGAGAUGGGAUUCGAUCCCUGAACUAGGGGUAGAGGAAAGCCAUUCAGAACCAGUGAGCUAAGUAGCCAAUGUUGUACACAAUCAGCCGGCAGUUUAUAUAUUGCUUGUGACCACAUCAAAGAAAAAAUGGAACAAAAGUCCGAAGCCAGAAUCGAACCCGCGACCUCUGCUACAUGCUUAAACACUUCGUCCGCUGCACUGCUACGCAUUAUUGAUUCCUGGACGCGUUUUCUUGUACAUAUACUCUCCGGUUCCGUAAAUUCCAGCAAUUAAUGAUUAAUCACCUUAUCAUUAUAUUGCCUUAAUCCAUCUCCCUCCACAGAUAAUCUCGAGCCAACUUCUCUCUAAACCUCCCAGAAUCAUUUCCUCCUCCUCUCUUCAUUCUUCACCUUCAAAUCAUCAACUCAUCUUCAACCACAACUAAUCACUUCUUUAUCCAAGAUUAAGUCAAGAUUAGCACCAAAGCUUCAAGGAUUGUCAUCUAUCACAAAGUAGCAGUUUGUGCCGUUAUGCGAGAGAGAUGACGUUUGGUCCUUGUGGAGCUGUAUAUCCUAAAUAGAGAAGGAGAAGUUCCCGAGUCCUGAGGCGUAUUCCACCAGACUGCACUACUCUACCAGAAGGUCCAGAAUCGAUCCCUGGAGUCUAAAGAAUUUCCUGAGGCGUUCGAGACUUCGAGUCAGUACGAGACGUCGAGACCUAAGAGAUGUCAUCUGUAGCUAGCAUUCAAUCUGAUCCAAGUCAGCCAACUCAUCCAAAUCAAGACACAUUGGAUAGCACUGUGGAUGGAAUUGAAGUUCAGAAUAUGGAUUCAGAUAAUGAGGGGCUCAAUGAAGAUGAACCAGCUACUAAAUCAUGUAAAAGAAAACUAAAAUCCAAGGUAUGGAAUGAUAUGAAGAGAGUUAAAAUUGGGGUCUGAUUAUGUUGCCAUUUGCAAACACUGUAAAAAGAAGUUUGCUGGGGGUAGGUACAAGUGGAACUAGUCACUUGAGCAAACACACUAAGUAAUUGCAUUCAUAGAAAAAAAGAAGUGGAGCACAACAAGUACUUGUGUUGGAGAAAAAUGUUAUGAAUGACAAUGUUAAAGUGGGAACUUUCAAGUUUGAUCAACUUAGGAGUCGUAUGGAUUUCACUAGAGCCUUAGUGAAACAUAACUAUCCUUUCAACAUGGUUGAGCAUGAGUAUUUUGAAAUAUUUCUGAACAAUUUGCAGCCAAAUUUCAAACUGGUUUCUCGAAUACUGUUAGGGCUGAUGUGAUUAAACUUUACAAUGAAGAGAAAGAAAAAUUGUAUAAGUAAUUGGAAGAGUUUGAUGGUAGGGGUAAGUAUGACUACUGAUAUAUGGACGUCGGAUCAUCAAAAUCUUGCAUAUGCUUGUUUGACGUGUCAUUAUAUUAGUGAAGAUUGGGAGCUGAAAAAGAAAAUUAUUGCCUUCAAAGCCAUUCCAUAUCCUCAUGAUGGUGAAACUUUAUUUAGGUUUAUUUCAGAUAUCUUGUUAGAAUGGAAUCUUGAUAAAAAGUUGUCAUCUGUUGUUGUUGAUAAUGCAUCUGCCAAUGAUUCAAUGAUUAAGUAUUUGAAAUCGUGGCUUUUAGACAAAUCAUUAAUCCAUUUGGGAGGUGAUCUUUUUCAUGUUCGAUGUAGUGCACAUAUUCUGAACUUAAUUGUUCAAGAUGGAUUAAGUACUGUUGGAAGUUUGCUUCAGAAAAUUCGAGAGACUAUGAAGUACUUGAAAAGGUCUACUUCAGCUAAUCAAAAGUUUGAGAGUGCCAUUAAUCAAUGUAAGUUGAAAAAUAAGAAAAGAGUGAGUUUAGAUGUAUGUAACAGAUGGAAUUCUACUUUUCUAUUGCUUGAAAGUGCUCUUCCCUUAAAGGAAGCUUUUUGUCGUUUACAACAGAUGGAUAGGUAUUACAAGUUCAAUCCUUCUGAAAAUGACUGGAAAGUUGUCAGUGUUGUUCAUGGUUGCUUAAAAAAAUUUUACGAUGCCACAUGCCAUUUUAGUGGUACUAACUUUCCUACCGCAAAUGUUUUUUUCCUGAUAUAUGCAAUCUGAGUAUUAAAUUGAGAGAUUGGGAACAUAGUGAGCAUGGUUUCAUUAAAGAAAUGGCAAUUCCUAUGCGGGCCAAAUAUGAAAAAUAUUGGGAUGAGUUGUUGUCUGGUCUUAGCUAUCGCGGUUGUUUUCGAUCCUAGAUAUAAGCUGGCUUUAGUACAGUAUUAUUAUACUACUCUUCACAAAGAAAAUGGUCAAAGAUAUUUGGAUAAGGUUCGUACUGCCUUGACAGAUUUAUUUGUUGAGUAUGGGGGUGAGCUUUGUAAUUCUAGUAGUUCUUUUGGAGAUGAUAUUGGUCAGGGAGCAUCGGGUAACAAAGAUGUGAGUGUUGAUGAAGGAGAUGAUAUGUCUGGAUUUGAAAAAUGGUAUAAGGAAUCUUCCAAUACUUCUUUUUUGCCACAAAAAUCUGAACUAGAAUUGUACUUGGAAGAGCCUGCCUCCCAAGAAAAGAGAAUUUUGACAUUUUAGCUUGGUGGAAGGCAAACAGUCCAAAAUAUCCUGUUCUUGGAAGAAUUGAUCGUGAUAUACUUGCAAUUCCAGCUACCACAGUAGCAUCUGAAUCUGCUUUUAGUGUUGGAGGAAGAGUUAUAGAUGAGAAACGCGCUUCUUUGCUUCCGGAUGUAGUGGAAGCUCUAAUGACAACUGCUGACUGGUUGCCAUCACUAAACAAAAGAAAGUUUUCUGAAGAAGAAGAAUCCCCGAGUCGCUCCUCUAAAUGUGUCAGAUUAUCGUGAUUUUCUUUGGUUACAGGUGAUAGAUUGUGCAGAAACUUGUGCAGAAACUUCUGCAGCAAACUUGGUUUUUUUGACAGAAACUUGUGCAGCAAAGUCUGAAUCUUCUUAUUUAUAUGCAAAGUUCAAGCUUUCAUGGCUAAUUUUGAGAUGGUCCUCCAGAAAGAUGCAAGCUUGAAGCUUUGGAUAUCGUUUUGAGUUUUGUUUAUUUUAUUAUAAAAAACUUUCAGUAUGUUUGGAUAAAACUAUUGGAUUUCUAUGUGAACUCUUAGUUUUGUCUUUUGAAAAAGCAAGGAUAUGAUCUGCUUUUGAAUUUUGUUGAUUGUUGAUAGUGAUUUAAGCUUAGUUAGUCUGUGCAAAUUGCUCUACAUUUCAUAUACA